AUGGCAGGCGACGACAAGACUCACGAAGUCGCCAACAUAGAGCCCACGGCUCCCACCAAGAUCCCAUUCUGGCGAUUGGUCUUUGACCAAGGUGUCGUCACUCAAGAAAUCAUCGAAUACCCAUACCCAGGCUCCGGAACCGAAGAUGACCCCUACGCCGUGAUGUGGAUCGACAAUGAUCCUCGUAACCCAAUGCUUUUCAGCGAGACAAAGAAAUGGUCAUAUACUAUGUUGGUCGCAUUCGCGACACUGGCCGUGUCACUGGUCUCCUCUGCAUACACUGGUGGUGUUUUGCAGAUUGAAGAGGAAUUUGGCAUUGGAGAUGAGAUCGCCACGCUCGGUGUCUCGUUUUUCGUCUUAGGUUUCGCCGUCGGACCAGUGCUUUGGGCUCCCAUGAGCGAGUUGUUUGGUCGCCAGAUUCUUUUCGUCACAACAUACGCUGCUCUCACAGCAUUCAACGCUGGUACUGCCGGUGCGCAGAAUGUAUAUACGCUUGUUAUUCUGCGUUUCUUCGCCGGUGCCUUUGGAUCCUCACCACUCACCAAUGCCGGUGGUGUUAUUGCCGACAUGUUCCCUGCUAAGCAGAGAGGUGUCGCUAUGAGUCUCUUUGCUGCCGCGCCUUUCCUUGGUCCCGUCCUCGGCCCUAUCAUUGGUGGUUUCUUGGGAAUGAACGCUGGUUGGCGAUGGGUGAUGGGAUUCCUGGCCGCUUUCUCUGGAUUUGUGUGGAUUAUUGGCUCUUUGCUCAUCCCUGAGACCUACGCGCCUGUCCUCCUUCGUCGCCGUGCAGAGAGACUUUCUAAGCUCUCGGGCAAGGUCUACCAGAGCAAGGUUGAUAUCGAUCAGGGCAAGGUCUCCCUUGGGGAAGCCUUCAAGAUUGCUUUGUCUCGCCCCUGGAUUCUUUUAUUCCGUGAGCCUAUUGUCUUCCUAUUGUCUCUUUAUAUGGCCAUUGUUUAUGGUACCCUGUACAUGAUGUUUGCGGCAUUCCCCAUUGUCUAUGAGGAGUACCGUGGCUGGAACCAGGGUGUGAGUGGACUGGCUUUCCUUGGUAUCAUGGUCGGUAUGCUUCUUGCCGUGCUUUACAGUCUUUGGGACAACAAGCGCUAUAUCAAGACUCAAGACGAGCACGAUGGCUUCGCUCCCCCCGAGGCCCGUCUGCCACCCGUCAUGGUUGCUUCCGUUGCGAUCCCUAUUGGUCUGUUCUGGUUUGCCUGGACCAACUAUCCCUCGAUCCACUGGUCAGUCAGUAUUAUCGCUGGUGCGCCAUUUGGAUUCGGAAUGGUGCUGGUAUUCCUGGGUAUCAUGAACUACCUGAUCGACGCAUACACCAUCUUCGCGGCCUCCGUCUUGGCCGCUAACUCCGUCCUGCGUUCUUGCUUCGGUGCCGCAUUCCCUCUGUUCACCACCUAUAUGUACGACAACCUCGGUAUCCACUGGGCAUCCUGCAUUCCCGCGUUCCUCGCUCUCGCUUGUGUUCCAUUCCCAUUCCUGUUCUACAAGUACGGCGCUGCCAUUCGCAAGCGCUGCAAGUUUGCUGCUCAGUCUGAUGCAUUCAUGCGCAGUAUCCAGGAGAAGGCCCAGGCUGCUCCCGAGGAAGACGAGAAGAUCACAUACGACCGUACCGAGGCUCCUGCCCCACACGAGUCUGUGUCAAGCGAGUCCGAUUCGGAAGAGCCUGUUGUGACACGCAGCCGCAGCCGUGCUCACUCUACUACCUCUACAUUGCACCGUGUUCCAACUUAUGAGGGCAAUCCCUUCGAUUUGGACCGUGUCAACACCAAGGAGUCCUUCAAAAACUAA